AUGUCGAUGAAUCCAAAACUCUCAGUCUCCACCUUCAUCCUCCUCUUACUCCUCACCUUCCUACUCAUCCCCUCUCAUUCAUCAUCCUCCGACGACGAUCUUGAACAGCUCCUAGCAGUAGACGAGCAGCUGCAAGAAGAUCGUCCCGAGCAUCAACAGUCGGAAGCCGAAACAGUGAGCAAGGCCCAGAGGAUCGUGAUGGAGCUAAGCGGCGACAACGCGAAGCGAGUGGUCGACGGGAACGAGUUCGUGUUGGUUCUAGGCUACGCGCCUUGGUGCGCGAGAAGCGCGGAUCUGAUGCCGAGGUUCUCGGAGGCUGCGACGGGUUUGAAAGAGAUUGGGAGUCCGGUUCUGAUGGCUAAGAUCGACGGCGACAGAGAGGAUAUAGUCAUCUGGGUGCAGAAAAAGACUGGUUCAUCCAUCAUCACAGUCAAUACACUCGAUGAAGCUCAGAGAUUCCUGAACAAGUAUCAUUCUUUUGUUGUUGGUUUGUUCCACAAGUUUGAGGGUUCUGAAUAUAACGAGUUCGUUAAAGCUGCAAAAUCAGACAACGAAAUCCAGUUUGUAGAAACAAGUGAUAACGAUGUUGCGAAGCUUCUGUUUCCUCACCUCAAAACCAAUACUGUGUUUAUUGGCUUGGUUAAAACUGAAGCUGAAAGAUACACUGUAUAUGGUAAGGUUUCUCAUUGUGUGAAUAUCUCUUUGUGA